AUGGCUUGCCCCGGUCCCGGCUUCCGGCUCCUCAACCUCCACAGGGACUCCAAAUCCGGCCAAGGCUUUGGCUUCUCCAUCAAGGGAGGCCGUGAGGCGGAGAACACUGGAUAUCCUCCAGAGAACACUGGAUAUCCUCCAGAGAACACUGGAUAUCCUCCAGAGAACACUGGAUAUCCUCCAGAGAACACUGGAUAUCCUCCAGAGAACACUGGAUAUCCUCCAGAGAACACUGGAUAUCCUCCAGAGAACACUGAAUAUCCCCCAGAGAACACUAAAUAUCCCCCAGAGAACACUAAAUAUCCCCCAGAGAACACUCAGCCUGCCGGGGGCCUGCCGGUGCCUGCCGGUGCCUGCCGGAGCCUGCCGGAGCCUGCCGGAGCCUGCCGGAGCCUGCCGCAGCCUGCCGGAGCCUGCCGGAGCCUGCCGAGGCCUGCAGGAGCCUGCGGGUGUAUACCGGUGCCUGCCGGGGCCUGCCGGUGCCUGCCGGGGCCUGCCGGGGCCUGUCGGGGCCUGCCGGAGCCUGCCGAGGCCUGCAGGAGCCUGCCGGAGCCUGCCGAGGCCUGCAGGAGCCUGCGGGUGUAUACCGCUGCCUGCCGGGGCCUGCCGGUGCCUGCCGGGUGCCUGCCGGGUGCCUGCCGGGUGCCUGCCGGUGCCUGCAGGAGCCUGCGGGUGUAUACCGCUGCCUGCCGGGGCCUGCCGGGUGCCUGCCGGGUGCCUGCCGGUGCCUGCCGGGUGCCUGCCGGGUGCCUGCCGGGGCCUGCCGGGGCCUGCCGGGGCCUGCCGGGUGCCUGCCGGGGCCUGCCGGAGCCUGCCGAUGCCUGCAGGAGCCUGCCGAGGCCUGCAGGAGCCUGCGGGUGUAUACCGGUGCCUGCCGGUGCCUGCCGGUGCCUGCCGGGUGCCUGCCGGGGCCUGCCGGAGCCUGCCGGAGCCUGCCGAUGCCUGCAGGAGCCUGCCGAGGCCUGCAGGAGCCUGCGGGUGUAUACCGCUGCCUGCCGGGGCCUGCCGGUGCCUGCCGGGUGCCUGCCGGGUGCCUGCCGGGUGCCUGCCGGGGCCUGCCGGGUGCCUGCCGGGUGCCUGCCGGGUGCCUGCCGGGUGCCUGCCGGGUGCCUGCCGGGGCCUGCCGGAGCCUGCCGGAGCCUGCCGAAGCCUGCAGGAGCUUGCGGGUGUAUACCGCUGCCUGCCGGGUGCCUGCCGGGUGCCUGCCGGGGCCUGCCGGGGCCUGCCGGGGCCUGCCGGGGCCUGCCGGGGCCUGCCGGAGCCUGCCGAGGCCUGCCGGGUGCCUGCCGGGUGCCUGCCGGGGCCUGCCGGGUGCCUGCCGGGGCCUGCCGGUACCUGCCGGAGCCUGCCGGGGCCUACCGGAGCCUGCUAUUCACAAAACCUCCCAAACCUCAAUAUUUCACAGCGUGUAAUAUGCCCGGCCCCUGGCAGGCCGGGGUGGGACGGGGCGUUGAUGGAGUGACCACUGGAAGGGGUGGAAGAGAAGUGAAGGGGAAGAGAAUGGAGGGGUGA